AUGGCGUGGAACACCUUAUAUGUUGAGCUGCCGAUCUUCCAGACGCAUUUCGGCGGCGCCGUCACCUGCCCCUUCAAGAAGCUCUUCGUCUCAAUGACGCUGUACGGGGAGGUGUCAAAUCGCAACGACGUGGUACGUCACGCCAUGGACGUCAGCGCGGCGUCGGGAUCCGCCAUUCCGGACAAGCGCAUGUCGCCAUUGGGUCCGGAUGGCCUCCCAGCGGCUUCGGAACCGGACUGCAAGGGCAUGUUGGAUUUCGAGCUUGUACACCUCGUCCUUAAUCCGGAAAUGAUCGUGUCAGCUGAUCAUGUUUCCUACGCCAUUAGUCGGGCUGUCACCAAUGUGCUCAAUCGGAAGGUGCACAGCGCCCACUUCACGACGGAGGUUGUGUACAUGAUGGGAGGGUCUUCGAGCGUGACCAAGUGCAUGGACGAAAUGUGCAUACAAACCAGCAGAACUGACAACACAUGUAAGGCCAUGUUGGCCGUAUCCAUCUCAAAGACGAAACUUUUUGGAGACCUGGAAACGCUCGUCAGGGGAGCACAGGUGCCCAUCGAGGAACUACAACACAUGAGAAACAACGAUAAAAUCGCCAAGGUACGCAACACGCAGCAAUAA